AUGGGAGAAAGAACCAGUGAGAGCCAGAAAGAGAGAGAGACAGCAAAAUCCAACCUGGAAAAUCCAUUGGCAAGGUACAGAAUACUUUCUUUGUUCCCUUGUUUGUAAUAAUGUGAUUAUUAUUAGCUAUCUAAUACAAUUUUCCCCCUUGUUUCUUUGUUCCCUUUGUUUCCUGUAACUUUCUUUGUUCCCUUGUUUUAAAUAAAGUGAUUAUUAAUUAUACAAUUAUUAUUUUUUUUGGGGGGGGGGGUAAUGCAGAUAGUCACAUCUAGUGAUUGUUAUCAGAGACCCCCAUAUCCUGCAGAGAACAUCCGCUGGCAAGGUACAGUACAGAAUACUGUAUUGUCAUUGUUCCAUUGUGUUGCAUUAUGAAAAUCUACAUUCAUUGUAUUUUUAUACUGUUUUACAGAUGUCUGAGCGCAAAGAGGAGAAGGCUAAGGGCAAGCGCCAGAGUAUUCCUCUGGUUAUCAAGAUCCAAGUACUGGACCGCCUGGAUAAAGGAGAGUGCCAGGUAGAUAUCGGGGCAGAUCUCCAUUUGCCUACCUCCACUAUCCACACUAUCCUCAAAAACAAGGAUAAGAUCCGCACUUCAGUGACGACCACUGUUUCUUCAGCCAAGAAGAUCACCCGCUCCAGGUCCUACGCUCUUGAGGAGAUGGAGGAGAGGCUUUCCAUAUGGAUAGAUGAUGAGCUGGAGCGUAACAUGCCUCUCAGCCAGGCCAUCUUGAUGGAGAAGGCGAAGAGCAUUUACGCUUUCAUCCAGAUGUGAUGGAGAGUUUUGCAGCAAGUAGAGGUUGGUUUGACCGCUUUAAGAAAAGGUACAACCUCUACAACCUUAAGAUCACUGGUGAAGCAGCAAGUGUGGACACUGGAGCUGCUGCAGCUUUUCCAGCCUCUUUAAAGGACGUGGUGGAUAGAGGGAGCUAUCCACCGGAGGUUGUCUUCAAUGUGGAUGAGACCGGGCUCUUCUGGAAGCGGAUGCCAAGCCGCACGUUCAUCUCCAGGGAGCAGAAGAGAGCACCUGGCUUUAAAGCGGUUAAAGACAGGCUGACCCUUCUUUUGGGUGGGAAUGCCAGCGGUGACUUCCGUAUAAAGCCAUUGCUGGUAUACCACUCCCAGACACCAAGGGCAAUGAGGGGCAUUAGCAAGUCCAGCUUGUCAGUCAUUUGGAAGGCAAACAGGAAGGCAUGGAUCACCAGGGAUAUAUUUAGAGUGGUUCACUGACCAUUUCUGCCCUUCCAUGCAGCGUUAUUGUCGGCGCAAGGGACUGGAGGAGAAAGCGCUGCUCAUCAUGGAAAAUGCGCCGAGCCACCCGACUAACUUGGCUGAGCUGCCCACCUGAAUUCCUGUGGAGGUCCUGUUCCUACCGCCCAACACAACGUUGCUUAUCCAGCCUAUGGACCAGGGGGUGAUCACCACCUUCAAGGCCUACUAUCUCUGCCGCACAUCCAUCAGCUGAUUGAACACACGGACCGCGAGGACAAGCAGUCAAUGUUGGACUUCUGGAAGCAGCACCACAUCAUGAAGGCUGUCUCCAACAUUGAUCUUUCCUGGAAGGAGGUGACACAGCAGUGCCUCAAGGCUGUGUGGAAAAAGAUCUGGCCAGAGCUGUGUGAGGAUGUGCAACUACCAGAGCCCAUCAUAGCGGAGAUAGUUGACCUUGUGACCACGGCUGGACUAGGAGACAGAUGCUCAGGACAUUGAGCAGUUAGUCCAGGCUUCAGGUGAGAGCCUCAACAAUGAUGACCUUGAAGAACUGGCUGAACAGGGCAAACAGAGACCUCAGGACACCAGCGACUCGGACACUGAGCCUCCAAAAGAGCUUUCCUCUGAGCUCCUAAACAGGGCAUUGCAUCAGGUCAAUGACAUAAUGGAUAAGCUGGUGGCCAAUGAUCCUGAUGCAACUAGGAACAGGAAUGCAUGGCGCAUUGUGCUGGGAGGGGUGUCUUGCUACCGCCAUCUGCUGGAUAGCCCCAAGAAACAUAGACAAAUGACCCUUGACAAAUUUGUGGCCAAAAAAACGAGGCAGGAAGAGGACUCCAGAGCCUCCACAUCCACAAUUUAA